AGUUCAUCAUAAGUGGAGAGAACAACGACGCUCUCACAGUGUUUCUUCUGGUCAUGGCGACGUCUGUAGUACACGUCUGUCUCUGUCUCCUUCUGUCUUUUCCUGUCGGAAUUCAGUAGACGGGAUUUGGCGCAGUGAACGAAGUUAUAUAGACUGUUACGCGCAGCGGAGCUAGGGGGUGCUUCAAUUAGACCAAUUCGCGGAGCUGCGAAGGGAUUGAACCAAAUUUAGUGGCGCUUGGUUGAAUCCAAUGCCAUUCGAUGUCAUUAUAUCACACAAAUGUCAUCAUGGAUAAAGAGGUGAUGGAGGAGGCCACCACUUGUGCAGUGUGCUCUGAGGAGUACAGCUCUGGAAAGCGUGACCCCUUGAUACUGCAGUGUGGCCACACCUUUUGCCGCAGCUGCAUCGGCAACAUCAAAGACAGCAAGAAGCACUUCUGCCCGACGUGCAGGGACGCAAUUGCAGAGGAUACAUACGAGAGGUUGCCGAUGAACUUCUCUAUACUCAGCUUGUCUGAUAAUAUGCCACAGUUUAAGCCAAAGACGUGCUCGUCACACGGGAAAUUACUAGACCUAUGGUGCAGCCAGUGCCAGGUGGUCGUCUGCGGACUGUGCGUCGCCAGCGACCACCGACAAGAAACCCACGAAAUCCUUUCUGCCCAAGAGCGUCUCAUGAAAAUCAAGAGCGAAGUCAAGAGCCAUUCCGAAGAAGUGAAUCGCUUCUUUUCGAAGAAGCAGUCCCUGCUCUACAACAGAUCGAGGGAGAUCCUAGUCGAUUUGCUGAACCUCUUCGGAGAUCACAGGCACCUCAGCCACCUCAAGAUGAAGGUCACUGAACUGUGCAAAGAGGCUGGUGAAGUGACAGAUGUCGAAUUGGCAGAGCUGUGUCAGGUCAAGCUGAACAGCAUCCAGUCUGUCAUCUCUGGUAUGAUGAGAGAUGAGGAGGAAUUCCAGCUCCUCGCUGCAGCUGGGGAAGACGAUAACAGCGCGGAGAACGAGAACGUUGCGACUGCAAUAGACCUAACCAGGUCGCUCCAGAAGAAGCUGAUGCCCAGCAUACCCUCCAUGGAGCUGCCCUGGCCUCUGACCAUCAGCGUGAGGGAUGACGCUUGUCGCUACGCGAAUCUAACCUGGGAAGACAACAAGCUUCUGCUGUCCUCUUUCCAGACGAAAGCUAUCAAUAGCACCUUCGUUAUAAAGUGGAACAUAUUCGCUCUGCUGCUUCAAACCAAAGACCCCGAGGCGUUUAUGGACCUCACCUUCGGCGACUGCUACCUCGGGAAGGUGUACAUACGCCUCUGGGGCCACUUGCGAAGGGCCCACAACUUCCUCGCCCUCUGCCUCGGGUCCCUGGGCCCGUCCUACGCGGGAGGCCACUUCAAAAGCUCACACAAGGACGAUUCCAAGGAACGCAUCUGCGGCUGCGUCUACAAGACCUCCGACGGGAGCACGAGCGCGAAGGGCGUGAUGGGGAAUCUGGAAUGGGACGGGAAGUUCGCCGGGAAGUCCGCCGAGGGGCGAGUGGUUGGGACGUCCGGAGGGAAGGGCGAAAUGGACGCUCUGUUCAGCAUCUACACGAAGGUCGAUCACACCGCAUCCUGUUACUGUCCGUUUGGGGAUGUUUCGGCGGGGCUGGAUGUCGUUCAGAGAGCCGUUGAGUGUUCGCCUGCGACGUCGGUGGUGGUGAGUCGCUGCGGCGUCGUGGUUCCACCGUCUGCGCUGGUGCAGUAUCAGAAGGAACUCGAGAAUUCUACUUCUUCUACUUCUUCUUCGUAGUUUGAAAGGUAGAAGGCUUGCGAUCGGCUUCUUAAUAUGCGUAAGAAGACAGAGAGAAGUGUCAAAAGGAUUAAAUAUACACACGCAAACAAAUACUAGUACAAAAAAGGGAGUUGCACGGAAAGUAAAUAGUUACUAAGUCUAGUCUCAAUAACACUGACAAGAAUAGGUUGCAAGUUCUCCCAAAAUACUCCCUUUUAUCAUGCUUGUGGUAUCGACAUGAAGCUAUUCAUAAUCUUUUCAGUCAUAUAAAUAAUUAGAAUUACGUAACAGCACUGAUAUAAACAUAUAAUUGAUAUGAAAGACAGAAGUCAAGUGUUCAAGGCGACUGGGAGCUCAAUACAGUGUUCAGGAAGGAAUAGGCCCGCUGCCAAUUCCUCCAUGUGAUUGUUGAAGUUAUUUAGAAGCAUUUUGCUGAUUAAAUGUGGAAAAUCUUCACGAGUAUGACUUUGUCCCAACAAUAUUAACACGAGCUAUAAUACGGUCA